CACACACACACACACACACACACACACCCUGACCAGGACCCCAGAGUUGGAGCCGCCGCAGAGCCUGCCAGCUGCAGGCCAGCCCUCCCUCUCUUCCAGUGCUGGGCUUUUCCAGCGGAGCCUCACUCCCUCUACUGCAAUCUCUGGAAAUUGGUGUCUGACGCUGCUGCUCUUGCACGUUAUUUAUUUAUUUCCUCUUUUCCUCCCGCCGAGACCCUCCUGUCAAGAGACCGGGCCGCGGGAAGCUGCAGGGACACACACGGCAGCAGAGAGGACAGACAGGAGGCCCACUCAGAAGCCCCCACCCUGAACAUCCAGAUCAUCAAGUCCCCCGAAGGGGCCAUGAGCACCGGGCAGGAGGCCAGAAGAGAGGAGGGAGACUCCAGGAGGAGGGGACAGGAGGCAGAGCUUCGGGACCGAGCCCACCUGAGCCAGCAGCGCCGGCUCAAGCAGGCCACCCAGUUCCUGCACAAGGACUCAGCUGACCUGCUCCCCCUGGACAGCCUCAAGAGGCUCGGCACCUCCAAGGACUUGCAGCCGCACAGCGUGAUCCAAAGACGCCUGGUGGAAGGAAACCAGAGUCGGCUUCAGGGCGAGACUCCCCUGGUGCAGGCCCCGAUUCCUGGCCAGGAGGACAGGAGGAAGAUGGGCAAGGCAGAGAUUCCAGCUCUUCUGGUCAACUGCAAGUGUCGGGACCAGGUGCUCAGGGUGGCCGUGGACACAGGCACCCAGCACAAUCAGAUCUCUGCUGGAUGCCUCAGCCGCCUCGGGUUAGGGAAGAAGGGUCUAAAAGCCCCAGGGGACCUGGCACCUGAGCCCCCAACCCAGGUGGAGCAGCUGGAGCUCCAGCUGGGGCAGGAGAUGGUGGCGUGCUCGGCCCAGGUGGUGGAUGUUGAGAGUCCUGAAUUCUGUCUUGGGCUGCAGACUCUGCUGUCUCUGAAGUGCUGCAUUGACCUGGAACGCCGAGUGCUGCGGCUGCAGGCCCCGUUCCCAGAGCUGCCCUUCCUGCCUUUGUACCAAGAGCCUGGCCAGUGACUGCUGUUCCAGGCGGUCCCCAGGGGAAGGACCUUGCCUUCAGGAGAGCCCUGUGGGGUACAAGGGCAUGUCUAGAGGCAGGUAGCUGGGGACUGUGUCUGUCCUGACCCUGCUGUCCCCGUCCCUCAGAGACCACAUUCCUCUUUGCUUCUCUGCAACUGCCCGACGCCCAGGAGUUUUCACGAGAGAGGCCAAAGAUCUCAGGGUUCUGGUGUCCCUGUUCUCCCUCACUCCCCCCCGAGAACAGCAGAGCCCAAUCAGGGCUGCAGACAAGGACAUAUGCAAAAUGGGGUUCCAGGCUGGGCUCUGGGCAUGAUGGGAACUGGCCUGCAUCAAAGGCUGCAGCAGACUGCUGUUCUCUCCUUGCCCCCCAACUCCACCCCAAACUCCCCUGACAGCGCUGUGCCCACGUCUCUCACUUCGCCUCCUAGGGCUUACUAGACUGCCACACCUCAUCCACUGGGGUCCUGGCCCUUCUGGUGUCUACCUUUCCGACUAUGCCCAUCCCCCACCACGGAGUAAAGAGAAUUCAAUCCACCUAGGAAAGUGAGUUGGAGGAGCCCCCAAUGACCAGCCCCCCAGUCCGGGAGCUCCUUCAUGUGUUACCUUUUCUGGGCUUCCAAACCUCUGAAGCCAGUUAUUGAUGGUCCCACUCAAACCUUGGCUAGCUCGCUGAUAUUUACUCCAGAUAUUUAUCCUCCUCCACUUGUUUUUUCACCCGAGUCCCCCGACUUUGGGGGGUGUGUGGAAGGGUUCUGGGGAGAAGUGACUCCAUAAGGAUGGUGGUGUUAUCAGUACGCACACUUGGAUGAAACAGUAUUCUUUCUUAUUUCUAGAACUAUCCAUCAUAUUAGGCCUUUACCUCUGGGCCUUGGAGUUUGAGCUCAUCUUGUUUUGGAAUCAGUGGCUUUUCUAUCCCCCACCAGGCUCUGUGCCAAAGCACACAACAAGGAUUCUCCUUUGACUUCCCGGUAAAGAGGGGAAUCCAAACCUUAAGGAACCAGAUUCCCUGAGUGCCUCUCUGGCUGGUUUUUCUCUCAAGUCACGGAUUAAGGGUAGAAGCCAGUCGUGUAACUAACCUGAACUAGGGAACUAGGAUACUUGGGCUGCAAACCAAGUUGUGAGCCUGGGGUAGAUCAGAGAACCAGGAGCUGCCCCGUGGCACGUGGCCUGGCCUUUCCCAGCUCACGCCCCUGCCCUCGCAGGGAAGGAGCGGGCCGCCCUAUCACUCGUGGAAGAGUACCCUGGCCCCACACUGCCUUGCUCAUGACCUUGGCUUUCCUGGGUCCCACCUGAUUCGCUCCCUUCAGCCUCUGCUGCUUCUGUAACUGCAGAUCCCGGGCCCAGUGGCGGGCCUUAGCUCAGCUGCUCUCCUUCUGAAUAAACACCUGUUUCUCUACACCGAUGUCCUCUGUCUGGCUCCCUGCUUAUCA